AUGUCCGGUCCACCCGUGCCCUUCUCCUCGCUCCCGCUUAACAAAACCCACGCGGCGACGCGGCUCAACGCCUGGGGCGCCUACGGCGCGACGGACGAGCUGGGGUUCCUGAACCGGCAGACGCCCGCGACGGUGGCGGCGGCGGCGGCGUCGGAGAUCAAGACCGGGGUGCGCGUGCCGCUGGACGCGCCGCUGGACUUCCAGGGCCAGAAGCCGCUGUUCGGGCGGCAGGUGUUCGUCAAGGACGUGUACCAGAAGAAGCCGCGGGUGGUGCACGACGACACGUGGUCGUUCAACACGCAGAGCUCGACGCAGUGGGACGGGCUGCGCCACUUCGGGUACCAGCAGGCCGGCCGGUUCUACAACGACACCACGGUCGAGGACAUCGCGGGCGCGUCGGCCAAGGGCGCCCAGAACCCCAACGUGCUGGGCAUCCACAAGGCCGUCGAGCGCGGCGGGGUCAUGGGCCGCGGCAUCCUGGUCGACUUCCGGCGGUGGCUGGAGGAAGGGCCCGGGCGGGAGGUCGUGGGCGACGGGGUGUUCAAGCAGUUCGAGACGUCGCCCAUCAAGUUCGAGUGGAUCCUCGAGACGCUCAAGUGGCAGAACAACACGACGCCGCGCUUCGGCGACAUCCUCAUCGUGCGCUCGGGCUUCUUCCAGUCCUACCGCUCCAUGGUCGCCACCCCGGAGGGCGAGGCCGAGAUCCAGCGCCUGACCUCCAUGUCGCCCCCGGGCCUGGGCGGCGUCGAGCAGUCGGACCAGGUGCUCAACUGGAUCUGGGACCACUUCUCGGCCGUCGCCAGCGACCACCCCAGCUUCGAGCGCUGGCCCACCCCCUUCGACUGGAGCAUGCACGAGGUGCUCCUGGCCGGCUGGGGCUGCAACAUCGGCGAGCUGCUCGACCUCGAGGCCCUCAGCAAGGAGUGCGCCCGCCAGGGCCGCUGGAGCUUCUUCGUCGCCAGCGUCCCCUGCUACGUCCCCGGCGGCGUGGCCAGUCCGGUCAACGGCGUGGCGAUUUUCUGA